AAAAUCUUUAAAAAUAAAAGAAGCAAAACAACUCUUAUCAAAACAACUACCCCCUGAUACCAAGUGUUUAUGAUAUUUAUUAUCAUGUUUACGUACGGAACUGUAUCAAAUGAGUUAAAUUUUUAAUUUUAAACGCAAUAGUAAAUGUGUAAUAAUGUCUAGCAGAUUGGAUAUAUUAUGGUCACCGGCACAUCAUGACAAAUUCAUUGUUUGGGGCCCAGACAUAACCUUGUACGAAGUGGCAAGGAUAAAAGAAAUCGAGAAGAAAACGACUUUCACUCCAAUUUCCUCAACCUAUGGAGCCACAGUUGUUGCGUCCCAGAGUGCUAGUGGAGUGCGGUGCGUUGAUAUCAGUGCUGAACCAGAGCAGCCUGAGCCAUUGCUCGCUCUUGGAUAUGCUAGUGGACGGGUCUCACUUACCACCCUUAAACAAACAUAUGACCCUUUGGGACUAGUUGGAAGAGAGUUUGCACCAAGAUACCAAAGGCUUUGCAACUCUGUGUCAUGGAGUCACAUGGAGACAAACAUGUUGGCAGUCGCGAUGGAUAAACAUCGUAGUGACCACUGCAUACUUGUAUGGGAUGUAAACCGAGGUUCGGCAGCUGCUGAUGAGGCUUUAGAAAGUACUUCUCAAGGAAGUGUAGAUCCGAUGCGACCACUAGCAGAAAUGGGACUAUCUGAGACAGCACAUAAUGUAACCUGGUCUAACUGCUCGAACAGGACCUUAUUGGCUUCAAUGAACUUGAAGUACAUCAAAAUAUUUGAUCUUAGAGAUUUAUCGAACAAAGCCGUGAGCAUGACCGCGACCCGCUACUGCUACGGUGUGUGUGCCGACCCGAACAGCUCCCACCAGCUCGCCUCCCGCGGAGAGAACGUGGUCUGUCUUUGGGACACCAGGCACUUCGACCGCCCCGUACUCUCUCUGCAGCAUCCCCGGCCUCUAGCCGUCACCCAUCUGCAGUGGUGCCCUACCAGACGCAACCUUCUUCUCUCGCUACAGAGAGAUUCCAAGUCGCUCCGCAUCCACGACAUACAGCAGGCCAGUGCGGAGUGGAAGAAAAACGCGCUCGAUGUGCUGACGGCGACGGCCGUAGAGGCCGAAGUGGAGGAGUACUCUCGCAGACCGAGCGUGUUGGAGCGUGACGUCACUCCUGGAGGGUCGCAGCCGCUCGUGGCCUUCUGCUGCCAUCCGGCUCACGAGGCGCGUCUGCUGGCACUCAGCGCCACAGGCGGUCUGGUGGACUACACGGUCUGCGAGCGCGUGGCGGUGUCCUGGGGGGCGGGGGGAGGGCUGGCCUGGUCCGGGGGAGGAGGGGGACUCCGUGUCCUCAACGACGACUUGUGCGGGGUCGUGAAGGACAUCUCGCACGUCAUGAGACGACGCGCCCAAACCGACUACGGCCUCAAGCAAGACCUGUGGCAGAACGCAGACCUCGCCGAUGACGACGCGCUCAGUGCCCUGUGGCACUUCAUGGCCUUGAGCAAGUCCUUGGUGGAAGAUGGUUGCAUAAGGAACAGUCCGUGGAAGCACCCGGGCGUGCUGACCGUGCUGCGGUCCCCGGGCGACGGCGGCUACCGCUCCGAGAUAGUGCCCUCCCUGCUGCCCGAUAUGCCUAACCGCAGGGUCACGCUCUACAGGAGUGCAGAGCGAACUCGUGCACUGCAGCUGUGCGGGUGGGGGUGGGGGUGGGAGAACGCGGACGCGGGGGUGGAGCGCGCCGAGGCCGAGGGCACCCCGUGUCGCGCCGCCGCACUCGCCGCCUUCCACCUCCGGCUUAGGACUGCUCUGGACGUGCUGGCCCGGGCGCACGAGCCGCAGCUCCGCGUGGUGGGGCUGGCGCUGGCGGGGCUGAGCGAGGAGCGGCUGUGGCGUGAGGCGCUGGCGGCCGGCGCCUCCGCCCUGCCCGACGCCUACCUGCGUGGGCUGCUGCACUUCCUGGCGGCCUCCGCCCCCGCGCCGCCCGCCCUGCACGCGCCCUCCGCGCCGCCCGACCUGUCCGCCGUGCUCAACGAGACGGAGAUGCGGCUGGAGGACCGCGUGGCCUUCGCCUGCAUGUUCCUGUCGGACGGCAAGCUGCACGAGUACGUGCGACACACGGCCGACGCGCUCGUGCAGCGCGGGGACCUGUCCGGCGUGCUGCUCACCGGGGCCGGCGCGGAGGGCGCGGCGCUGCUGCAGCACUGGCUGGACGCGAGCGGCGACGUGCAGAGUGCCGCCCUGCUGGCCGCGCGCUGCUUCACGCCGGAGCUGCUGGCCCUGCCGCACGUGCAGCACUGGCUCGACAGCUACCGCGGGCUGCUGGACGGCUGGCGGCUGUGGUGGGCUCGCUGCGCGCUGGACACGUGGGUGUGCGGGGGCAGCGCCGCGGCCGCCGUGCGCCACGUGUGCGUGGCCUGCACCUACUGCGGCAAGUCCGUGGCGGCGGCCGCGGGGGCCCGGCCUCGCCCGCCGCUCGCGCGCCUUCCGCCGCCCGCCGCCAAGAUGAAGCAAAUCUCGUCGUGCCCGAACUGCCGCAAGCCGCUGCCGCGCUGCGCCGUGUGCUCGCUGCAUCUGGGCACGGGCGCGGGGGGCGGUGCGGGGGGCGCGGCGGGCGGCGGCGCUGGGGGCGCGGCCUUCCCCCGCUGGUUCAGCUGGUGCGUGGCCUGCAGGCACGGGGGCCACGCCGCGCACCUCAUGGACUGGUUCAAGGAGCACGCGGAGUGCCCGGUCAGCUCCUGCAACUGCCGCUGCAGCACCCUGGACCCCCCCCACCGCCUGUAGCGCGCCCCGGGGGACCGACUAUCUACUGAACACACGUUUUUCUUUGGUGAUAUUUUUUGUUUAUUUCAUCUGUGGGUUGUUUAGUAAUUAAGAUCAAACAAAUCAAAAGAAAAAAUAACCUUGAAUAUUUAAACUAUUGUGGUUUAAUCUCCAAUUUUGUCUCCGAAUGUCGUUAAUAGUAAAAUAUGAAAUCAAUCGAAAUUUCAUAAUGAAUUAUGUAAAGACACAAUUUGUUCAUUAUACUUUUUAUUAUUAUAUUAUAAAUUUCUAUAGGUUAAGAAAAUCAAUGAAUUGUAUAUCUGAGACACGAUGAGUGCCCACUGAGGCUCGACACAGAGCCGUUAGCGAGGGACGCACGCCAGCGUGUGAGAAGUAGCUUGUGAUCUGGGAACCCAGAUAAAAUACCUUUAUAAAAUAUACGAAGAGUACUCGACCGGAUUAAGGAUCCGUUUUGUUUAUGUUUUUUUUAAGUAAUCACCGUUGGGCUUGCAUACGGCUCAUCUGACGGUUAGUGCACACUCUAGAUUAUUAUAAUCAUUAUUAGUAAUUAAAAGCUACAAGGCCUGUGGGAUCCACGUUCAUUGUAUCGAAGUAAAUUCGGGAAAACUAAUUAAACAUAAGAACGUUUUACAGAAAUAUAUAUUUUUAUACUAGAACUUAGUACUUUAAGGUAAGAGCUUAGAUUCAGUAGGAGGGCUCUUCACUAGUCAUUAUUGAACAAAAAGUGUGAUCUGUCUGUACAUCGGGAUUUUGUAAUGACUCAUGUUCGCUCAAUGUGCAAAUGACCUCUUUAGGUAUAGGCUUUAUUCAAACAUAUACUUUGGUCUAUAUUUUUAACUACUCUGUGUACGACUCGACCAUAGAUUAUACACUUAAUAUAUUAGGACUCGACUUUUGGCGGAAACGCGACAAACGAACUUUUACAAGGUUUAAUUUUUGUAAUUAAAUUUUCUUCCGGCUUAAACGUCUAAUAAAGGACGGUUAUUAACUGUUUAGCAUCUGUGAAAGUGUAUAAAUGUGAGAAAACGAAACGCAGUCGCUGGAUAUGGCUUCUCGGUUUGUUCCAAAAAGUUCAGUGAAGUUUCAGGAAAUAACCACAAUUUUACUGAGACUUUAUUUCAUCCCAUAUCGCUUCAUUUAAUUUCAUCCAAAUUCAUUACAGUCUCAGAUUACAUAGAAAACUUCUCAUUACAUCCAACCAUUACAUACAUUAUUAUUUUUCGUAAUGUUCGUACUGUUAGUAGUGAGAAGGCCGAACUCUUUUUAAAAAAGGAUUUAUUCGACACUACACAAUAUUUUUAAUGAAUAAUUAAUUAUAAUAAAAGAAUUUAGAAAUAAUGAGGAAAAUUGGUAAACGUCUCACUUCAAUGAAUAUCUGACCCGAACUGAGCCUGGUAUGUUCUCAUGAAAUCACUGUGAGAGGGCUUAUGAUGAGUAAGGUGUUUGGUAAGCAUUAGUCUAUACAGGUUAGGGAUAUAACAGUACGAAUAUACAGAAGAUUAGGAUUAGAUUAUGGCGUGAUAGGUUUGCCAUGUGGGAAAAAUGGAACUACUACUUCUGAAAGGUCAGUUUUGUUGUAAUCUUAUUGAUAACCUACAACACUUUUCAAUUUGAACUCAAAGCAUGAAUAUAGUCAUGACUUGAUACUUUUAAGACUUAUUCUAAUCCGAAAAUGUACUUGGGUCGUAGAAAAAAUAUAAAUGAUUUAUUAAAAGACUCGGUGGUAUUGAUACGUUUUUUUUUAAUGCCGUAUAGGCAGACAAGGAUACGGCCCACCUGAUGGUGAGUGGUUACCGUCGUCCAUGGACGUCAGCCAUGCCAGGAGCAGAGCCAAGCCGCUGCCCACCGUUAAGUACUCUCCACAAGCCUCGUUUGAAGGACAUGUCAUAGCGCUCAGGAAACACUGUGGAGGGGAGCUCAUUUCAAAACCGGAUGGUGCAUGGCAAAAAAAGGAUCUCUAGAAAUGCACUGUGGAUGAACGCAGUGGCUCCAAGUAGUAUGGAUGAACUCUACUCCGGUGGCGGGCAGUGCGAUGGUAAAAACGAGAUGAUAGAAUCAUCUCAAAUAAUACCGCAGAGCACUACCCAUGGAACAUACGGUACAAAAUACAGAGAGAAGCGAAGUCCCUCCGCAGACCCAAAGGUUCGAAACAAUCGGUGAGAAUGGGAUUAUCGACAAUUCGAACAUUGGAAUGAGCACCAUGCCUUCAUCUUGGCCUUAUCAAUUCAGACCUACUACUAUAUGUCAUCUCGGCACUCACACCAUUCUCUUGCAUCCUCCUCUAUCACCCAUUCCAUCCAAGUCUUCCUCCUCCUCCUCCACCAUUACUAUGGUACGCAGUAAGUAGACGGCAGGACAAGCACAAGUCACAGUCUUUUUUUAACACUGAUAAUGGCAACACCUUAAAAAGCGAUUAAGAAAUUCGACCAUAAUCAUGGACACAUCGAAAUAUUUAUUCAUUGAAUGUGUUACAUUUUUUAUUGCUCACCAUGUAAAGACAUCCCACCUUUUCAUUACUGUCAUUUUAUAAAAUCUGUAAAACUCGUCAACAGCAGCUAACAGUUUUAUGUGUAUAUUAAAUACAGAGUACGUUCCCUCUUCCGACGGACUGCUCAUGUAUUUUUUUUGUAAUUUUAUGGCCUGCUACUAGACCUUUAAGCCAAAUUGUUAAUGUAAUUUUUUUAAGGGAAAAAUGACCUGGUAACUAAGACCUUUAAGUCAAGCCUUAUUUUAAUUAUAUUCUUAUUUUUAUGAAAAAUGAUAAUAUGGAGGGAAAUGAAAUGAGACGAGAUGAUUUGGGAUGAAAUAUAAUCUCAGAAAAAGUGGUGGUCAUUUACUAAGAUUUUUUCAGUAAACUUUUUGGAGGAUCCCGAGAAGUUACGUCCAGCGGCUUUGUUUCAUUUUCCCACAAUUGUGUACUUUCACAGAUAUUAAACAGUUAAUAAAUCACCGUUAUUACACAUUUAAACCUGAAGAAACACUAAAUAGACAAAAUAAAACAAAUCACACAACUUUACUCCUCGCGUUCCCGCCAAAAAGUCGUUCAUAUAAUCUUUACAAAUAGUGUGCCCUGGUUUAAAAUUAAAAUCUUCCUAACUGAAUAUUACCAGGACUCGUGACAAGAGAUUCAUACUUUGUUGUUUUUUUGAAUUGUUUUCUUUUAAAAGUGAAAAAGAAACAACAACAACUGUAAAUAAAAAUGCAGAUGUAUUUCCAAAUAUAUAGAUUUAUAUAUACAUUUAUUAAAUAAUUAUUUCAUCUGUAUUACAAUUUAACAAUAAAAUUUUCAAAGACACAA